AUGACGGGGGCUUCAACCCGAGACCAAACUAUCGAGGAACGUUACGGUAUCCCUGAGAACUUUUUAGAGAUUGAAGUAAAAAAUCCUCAAACACAUGGAUUUGGCCGCAAAAUGUAUACCGAUUACGAGAUUCUUUGCAGAACAAAUAUCCCGGCUUUCAAGUUGAAACAGUCUGCAGUUCGCAGAAGAUACAGUGAUUUCGAAUGGUUCAGAGAUGUUUUGGAGCGUGAAUCGACAAGAGUCAACAUUCCCCCUUUACCAGGAAAGGUUUUCACAAACAGAUUCGCUGAUGAUGUUAUUGAGCAACGCAGAGAGGGUUUAGAGAGAUUCCUACAAAUUGUUGCUGGACAUCCUUUAUUACAGACUGGUAGUAAAGUGCUUGCUGCUUUUAUUCAAGACCCAAAUUUCAGUCGUGAUAACUACAAUUAUUAA